AUGUCGGAUCUCCGCCGCUCUGCCAUCGAGGUCAAGCGCGACCACGACCACAAGGCCAAAUGGGCACAUGGCGCACGCGUGUCACAACACCACAUCCACGACCCCGCCCUGCCCUUUCUGCAGCGCCCUGCAGGCCCGCUCUCUCAAGCUGUCCACACUGCCUUGCGACGCACCAACGAAGGCGGCAUCAAGCGCGCUCGCCACGCCGCUCAAGCUGGCUUCCACCAUGACGUAAAGGAGGCCCUCACCAGCGACUCCUCUGCCGACGAGGGCGCUCACCACGAGAGCGUCGCGCCGGGCUUGUUUCUCGGUGACGGUCUCGCUGCGUAUGCCGCGUCUGGCGAGAAUGUGCUGUCGGCCGCCAUUUCGACCGCCGAAGUCAAGUACGAGAACAAGGUGACCGAGAAGCUGGUGCAGGAAUACGAGCUGGUCUCGAAGGAUGACGAGGUUGCUACUGGCUGUGGCUAUGUUGCGGAUAUCGAUGAUUUUGAGGUUAUUGACCACAACUCGGUUUAA